AUGCUUGUAAGUCAAGGAGUAAAAGCAAUCAUACGACCACCUCGCAGUCAUUAUAAUUUAAAUAAGAUGCACCAAUACAACGAAAUCCCCGGAUUUGGAUCUGUUCUUAGAAUUGGUUUUCCGGUAAAUACAAAACGCAAUUUACGAAUAUAUGCAUCGUUUUACGAAGCACCGCAUCCACGACCAGGAAAUCCAGUUGUGUUCUAUCUACACGGAAAUGCAUCAAAUCAAUUAGAGGGCAGAUUUUGUGUUUCAUUAUUUAUACCGGUAGGAGUUCAUGUUUGCUGCUUUGAUUAUAUAGGAUGUGGUGAAAGUGAAGGAAAAUACGUCACACUUGGAUAUUACGAAGUAGAUGACACAAAAUCAGUCAUUGAUCAAGUUCGAGCAACUUUCAAAUGUACGAAAUAUGCAUUAUGGGGAAGAUCAAUGGGAGCAGCAACAGCUCUCUUGUAUGCGGCCAAAUAUCACGAUGUUUCUUCAAUAAUUGCAGAUUCAGCUUUUAUUUCUAUCACAGAUUUAUGUCGAUCAGUAGCAAAGUCCAAGAAUAUACCCGACUCGUUAUAUAAUUCUUUAAUGCCGCAUAUACAUCAAAAAAUCAUCGAGAAAACAGGCUUCGAUAUUAAUAACUUAAAUAUUCUUGAUGAGGCCAAAAAUAUUACAUGUCCAGUUAUAUUUGUACAUGGGCAAGAUGAUGAUUUCAUUUGUCCUUCAAAUUCUCAAAGUUUGUAUUCAUUAUGCGGGUCUAAUGAGAAAAGAUUAAGAAUUGUUGAAGGAAAACACAACACAGACAGAUCAGAAGCAAGUGUUGUUGAAGCAACUACGUUUAUUUGCCAUUGGUUCGGAUUUGAAGUUGAAUUUGUUGUUCCUGAAGAACCAAUACAACAAGGAUCAUCACAGCAUUUUUCAAAUGCAAAUGAGAUGAUGAAAAAUGUUUAG